AUGAUUGGAAUUCUUCUGAUGUCUAUGUUCAUGGUGUUGCACAGUGUAGGUGGCCAAGAUUUGGAGCCACCAGCAUUUCUGCCAGAGCUUCUUAACGCACCUGAAAGAAUCUUGAACAAUGCCACAUUCUUCAAUGGAGUCUUUCAAAAUGUGGAAAGCGUUGCAUUAUUUUUUGAUUGUCUGGGUUCUCACUUCACCUGGCUACAGUCCAUCUUCACAAAUUUCCCUGCCUUGCUCAACUUUGUGAACAAAAUGAAGUGUGUCAGUGGCUUUUGUCCCAGAGAUUUUGAAGACUAUGGCUGCUCUUGUCGGUUUGAAAUGGAAGGGCUCCCUGUGGAUGAAGCUGAUGAAUGCUGUUUUCAGCACCGCAAAUGCUAUGAGGAAGCAAUGGAGAUGGAGUGCACAUGGGACCCAUCAAAAAUUUCUACAGAUGUCACCUGCUCUGCAGAAAACCUGACCUGUGAAAAUGGGGAUCCCUGUGAACAGUUCCUCUGCACCUGCGACAAAGAUGCCAUUGAGUGUUUUGGGAAUGCUCAUAUUAACUCUUCCCUGAAUGGCCUGGAUGUCUCCUCCUGUCCAUCUCUGGUUACAGAAACAACCAGCAAGAGAGAGCUGACAACACUCCACACAGGGGAGUUCUUUCAUCAUGGGAUUGAGAAAACAGAGGCUGUGACAGCAUCUGUGGAAGAAGCGAUUUCCUCUGAGCCCAGUGAGAUGGCCCUGGGGACUUCCAGCGCUGGAGAGAAGGACAGAUUUAGAGGAGCUGAGGUUCCAGCGGGAGAGAUAUCCACCUCUCCAGGCUCCUUCCAGGCAGAUAUUAACUCGGCAGAAGUCAGAAUUAUCCCCACUGAGUUUAUUCCUGCGGACACAUCUGCAAUGACAAAAGAGAAAGAGGCAAUUCCUACAAGAGGUGGCCUGGGCACACUUUCCUCCAGACCAACUCUGGAGCUGUCACUGUCUGUUAGGGGAUCCAAAGGACCUGCAGAAAAAGUAUGUGAACGAUUAACAUUUCUACAAGAGAGAGGAAAUGGAAGAGAGAAGAGAGAGCUGCCCCAGCUGGGAGAAAUGUUGUUCUGUUUAACUGAGAGAUGUCCAGAGGAAUUUGAGUCUUACGGUUGCUACUGUGGCAAGGAAGGAAGAGGGCAUCCUAUUGAUGCUCUGGACAGGUGCUGCUUCUCUCAUCAAUGCUGUGUGGAACAAGUUAAGAAACUUGGAUGUCCUGCAGAAAGAAGUUCACAAUCUGAAGUUGUGUGCUUUGAUCAUACUCCAAAAUGUAUUGGUUGGAGCUUGUGUGAAAAACUCCUAUGUGCUUGUGACCAGACAGCAGCUGAGUGCAUGGCCUCUGCUUUCUUCAACGAAAGCCUUAAGUUUCCACAUGCUCAAGCAUGCCAAGAGGAGAAAACCUCGUGUCGAGGUGGCCCUUACGAAUGGCCUUCAGUCAGCACAGAACCAGGGGCCGGGACAUCCAGCUCUGAGGAGAGCAGCGAGGAGGAAGAUUCCCUGCGGAGAAGAGCAUGGAGAGAGACGCGCCGUCCUCCUGGGAAGCCCAGGGGCGGGCAGCACAGGGGCAGUUAG